UAUCACCAACCUGCAGAGUGCGUCGUCGGAGACUCCAAACUGGCUCGCGUGUUAUUGUUGCGCUGUUGUUCUUCCUUAUCUCUCCGUAGCCGGACAUACUGUUUGUUUUACUACACAUCUGAUUUAUUAGCUGUUUAGUUUUACUCCGCCUCUUGGACACAUGGAUUGCUCUGAAGAGGUCCAGUCGCUCUCCGAUGAGGCCAGCACUCCGAUGGAGUUGAAGAAAGGAAUGUCCAUAUUCUUGGAUAUACUGCGCAGAGCGGAUAAAAAUGAUGAUGGGAAGUUGUCGUUUGAGGAGUUCAAGGCGUAUUUCUCUGAUGGCGUUCUGUCUGGGGAGGAGCUGAGGGAGCUCUUCCAUACCAUCGACACACACAACACUGACAACGUGGACACAGAUGAGCUGUGUGAGUACUUCUCGCAGCAUCUGGGGGAGUAUGAGAACGUGCUCGCUGCCCUGGAGGACCUGAACAGCACUGUGCUCAGAGCCAUGGACAAGACCAAGAAGGAGUACCAAGAGUCCACUCACUUGGAGCAGUUUGUGACUCGUUUCCUGCUGAAGGAGACGACCAGCCAGCUGCAGUCCCUCCAGAGCUCCAUAGAGUGCGCUAUGGAGACAACCGCUGAGCAGACGCGCCAGGAGAGACAGGGGCCUGUUAAGCCUGAGGGUUUGUCGAUCCAGUGGUCUAGCCGGCGGUCCAAUCGAAGACUUCAAAGGAACAGCAGCCUGUCCCCCAACAACCCUCUGCUCAGCAUCGUCAACUCAGGUCUCUUUGAGGAGGACAGCCAAUGGAUGACCCAGAUCAACCGACUGCAGAAACUUAUCGACCGCCUGGAGAAAAAGGAGCUGCGUCUGGAACCUAUGGAGGAGGAGGUGAUGGGGGGUACCACCAAAUCACAUAUCCUGAUUGUUCAGAGGCAGCUCUCCGUGAUGGAGGAUGAACGUGAUGAGUUCCGUUUGGCACUCCGGCAGUACAUCGACUGCGCCAGCGCUCAGACCGGAUGCCUCCAUGUGUCUGUCCAGAGGCUCGCUAACGAGUCUCGCUUUAUCCUCUACGAGUUCUGGGAACACAGCAACGUGUGGAAGAAUCACCUCCAGACCAACUAUAGUAAGACGUUCCAGAGGGGGAACGUGGACUUCCUGGAGACGCCAGAGGUCAUGACCACCAUGCUGGUGCCAGCUUCAUGGUGGGUUCUGAACAACAACUAGCAGCAGCAGCAGUCUUCCUCUCCAGCGCUGUUGACCAAUCAGGAGGCUGGAUGGUGUAGAGGGGGCCUGAACCCACACGUGUGUCAGCGUUUCAGUGUGACGUCGUCAUGGUGAUAUAUCUUGGACUUACUCGACCCCCGAGCCUGUGUCAUCCUGAGUAGAAGUAGUGUGUUAUCUCGUAGAUGAUGUGUCCGUCUUCAGUGACACACACACACACACACACACACACACACAC